CACAAGAAUCCUGUCAAGAUGAGUUGGGCUGUGGAGGAAUGGAAAGAAGGCCUCCCCCCCAGAGUCCUACAGAAGAUUCAUGAGUUGGAAAGUCAAGUAGAUAAGCUUAAAAAGGAGCGUCAGCAAAGACAAUUCCAGUUAGACUCUUUAGAGGCAGCAUUGCAAAAACAGAAACAGAAGGUUGAAAAUGAAAAAAAUGAAGCUGCAACACUGAAAAGAGAGAACCAGAGCUUGAUGGAAUUGUGUGAUAGUCUUGAGAAAGCAAAGCAGAAAAUUUCGCAUGAUCUCCAUGUAAAAGAUUCUCAAGUCAACAUUCAGGCAGGACAGCUGAAUUCCAGCAAGAAAGACAUUGAAAGGCUAGAGCAAGAACUGAAAAGAUACAAAUCUGAGCUUGAGAGAAGCCAGCAGACGUCGAUUGCAGAUUUAUCGUUCAGUGGCACUCCACAGAAAAGUUUCACUGCUCCUUUAACACCACUUAAAAGUCAUAAAGAUACUAAGUUUGAAGAACUAGAAGAAAAAUACAAGAAAAAAAUGCAAGACAAAAAAAGGCUGGAAAUGGAAUUGAGAGCCAUGCAAGUUAAAAAAAUAAAUCAGCCUCAUCCUCAAAGCUCUUUGAGUCACAGAGAGAUUGCUCGACAGCAGGCUUCCUCAUCUGUGUUCUCAUGGCAAGAAGAGAAGACUCCAUCUAGAAAGCAUGAAACACCUGCAAGGGGAAGUUCUACCAAAUCUUUUUUUCCAUGGGAAAAAGAAACAGAUUCCAAUGUAAUAGCAAAGAAGGAUGAGUUAGACAACAGCUUUAUUGAGAACUGUAAUCCUUCAUUCAUAAUCCAGCUAAAAGCACAGAACCAAGAGUUGAAUUCUACUAUUAGAGACCUACAACAACAGCUGCAAGCUCAAGAAAAAGUGAAGACAUUCCAUAUGAAUAAACAACAAGAGACUGAGCGACUGCUGAACAGAAUGAAGCUGGAAUUAACAGAGAAGGAUAAAGUUCUGAACCAAACCAGAGAUAAACUGACUGAAAUGGGAGCACAACUUGAUCAAGCAAAAACACAGGUGCAAAUGAUGGAGGAAAAGGUGAAAAGAUUGUCAGAAGAACGGAAUUGCCAAAGACAAAAUGCUGAGAGCGUUCGUCAGUCUUUAGAACAGAAAGUAAAAGCCAAGGAGAAAGAAUACCAACAGGAGCUGUCUAGUCACCAACGUGCCUUACAAACACUGGAUCAGCAGUGGAACCAGAUAAGCAACAAACUGAAUCAGGAGCUACAGCAAGCCAAAAAUGACUUCAAUGCUCUGCAGGCAGAAUUUGACAAAGUAAAGGCAGUGAAACAGCGCCUGGAAUAUGAAACCAGCGAUCUCACCCAGAAGCUGUGCAGAGCAGAGCAGACUUUAUUAGCAGCCUCUGCUAAGGAAAUGGAUUUGACAAGAAGCUUUGAGGAAGUGAAGCAAGAAAAAAAUCUUCUUAACUGUCAACUGGAACAAAAUCUGCAACAGAUCCACCAACUUGAAGAGGAACUAAGUAUGGUCAAGCACUCUUUAAAGCAGAGCCAGAAUUUUGUGGAAAAGAUGAAAAAUAAGAAUACUUCUCAGGAAACAGAGUUGAAGCUACUGGAGAAGCUGAAAACAGCUUUAGCUGACAUGGAAAAGCAACAUGAUUGUACCCAAGACCUGCUCAAGGAAAAAGAUAACUAUAUUAAAGAACAAAACUGUAAAAUAAGUAAAAUGGAGGAAGAAUCAGAAGCUUUGCAGCAGCUCCUUCGAUUCAAGCAGAGAGAGUGUGAAGACCUGCAAAAAAUGGCUGCUGCUUUUUCUCAGUGGAAAGAUGAAAAUGAUCAUCUUGUAAACAAACUUAAGUCCGAAAAAGAAGGUAUGCUGGCUUAUAUUCAUGACUUGGAGAGUUCACUUCAGAGUCAGCAAAUCAAAAAUCGUGAGCACAGUGAGAAACUCAGAAUGUUGGAAACUGAAUGUGACGGAAAAAACGCAGAGAUUAGAGAACUGAAAGACAUGUUGGAAUGUAAAAGUGCAGAAUUAGAAGACCAAAAAAAGGCUUUUGAUGAGCUUCUGCAGAAAGCAGAAAGGAAGUACCGUAAAGAGAUAGAAAAUAUGUCCUGGAAAGUUCUCCAGCUUACCAACCAAGUUGGUGAACUAGAAGAAAAGUUACAGUUAGAAGCAAGUGAAGGGCUGCAAAAGGAGCAGUAUUAUCAAAACCUGCUUGCUGGAUAUGAGAAAAUCUGUUGUCUUGUAAAAGAGAAAGAUACUUCAGGAAUGACAGACAAUGGAGAGGUUAAUUUACCAAGUGUAGCUGUUCUUGAGGAAAAGGACAUGCAACUGCAGACUCUGAAUGAAAGAUUAGCUAACCAACAAGCUGAGCUUCAGGAUUUAAAGAUCAAUAAUAAGUUGCUUGAGGAUUCAGUGAGACAGCUGAAGCACAUGUCUGAAACGUGGGAUUCAGAGAAGAAGGAUAUGUCUUCAAUGAUUACCUCGUAUAGCACAAAAGUUGAGGAACUUACUGAAGAAAAUGCAAUCCUUAGGAAUUUAAGCAGAGCUUUAGAGAAAGAACAAAUAACUUUACUGGAAACAAAUAAAAGUAUUUCUGAUGGUUUAAAGGAGAAAGAAGAAAUCAUUUCUGAAAUGUCAGAAAAACACAAGGAGGAGCAACUACGUAGUGAAUCAAGAACUGAAGAUAUCCAAAGAGAGCUUAAAGUUUUGCAAGCAAAGUAUAAAUCAGUGGAAGAAGAAAAUGCAAACAUGAUGAGCAUUCUGAGAGAGCAGACAGCUGAAUUAGAGGAAAAGAAAGCAAAAUUAGAACAAGAGCAACAGAUUUUUUGUGAGAACAAAGACAUCUUGCAUAAACUAAUAGCCUCAGAACAAAUAAAGAAGGAUUUGAUUCAAGAACUUAAGCAACUGCACUCAGAAUUUUCACGUAUCCAGGAGGUGCCUUCCACAGAGCUUGACUGCUCAACACAGGAAGCGUUAGAUGUCAGGGCAUCACAAAAUACAAUGCAAGAGAAAUGUGCUGUUGUAUUUCAAGACAAGGGGCAGUUGGGGAAGGAACUCGAAACCAAAAGUGAGCCUCUAAUGUGUGAUCCGAGUUACGAACAGAGACUUCAUUCAGAACAGUUGAGGAAGUCCGUGGAAGAAAAAGAUGCUGAGGUGAAGAAAUACCAAGUUAAACUUGAGCUUCUUCAAAUGGAUUUUGAGGACAGAGAACUAUGCCUAGAGAACUCUGAGUUAAAAGUGAUACAACUGGAGACUGCAUUAAAAGGCAUGGAAGCAGAACUCGAGAGAAAUGUGAGAGAGAAAGAGAGGCUGCAGCAAGAACUGCUGUCUGUUAAGAAACUGAAAACUUUAGGUUCUGCACAUACAAUAUUAGAUGAAGAUGGUUACUCGCUGGAGUAUGAUAGUGUUUCCCAGAACUGUGGCCAAAAAGGAAUGGAUGACAGUUGUUCAUCAUUCUUGCUGGCGUCCUCUUUGCAAGUAGCAAUAAACAAUUUGAGUGAGCUUGAGAAAAUAAGCGAGAGAUUGCAGAGUGAGAACAUUGUAUUAGCCUCUGGAUUUGAAGACUCAAAACCCAAUGGCAUCACAGGUAUUAAUGUGGAGGAGGAGAAAGAGAACAUGAUGAAUGCAGAUAGAAAUUCAGAAGCUAUUUUUCUGGAAGAGCUUAUGGAUCAGAGUGAUAACAGCAAUCUAAGCAUGCAUUUUGAUCAUAAGGAGACGUCCCUCAGACUUAAAGAAUGCAGUACUGGACCUCGUUCUGACGGAGAAGACUUAAAACUGUCGAUUGAAGGAGUUAAAAUACACUUUGCUGAAGUAAGAGAGAAGCUUUUGCCUUUCCAGGAUGAACAUACAAAAUCAUAUGAACAGCACUGCAGUGUGCACUCCAAGAUACCUGAGCUACAGUCGUGCACUGAAAUGCUGAAGGCAGGAAGCUCUGCAUUGUCAACAAGUCUGAGCAGGGCUUAUGUAGAUCCUGCGAGUGUGCCAUUAUCUUCCAGCCAAAAUGACACCCUCUCUACACUAGAUGAAACUAAGUCCAUGGUUUCUUUCUCAAAUAUUUUUGAAAGUUCCAGAGUUACAGAAGUAAGUGAGGUGGCUGAUUCUUCAGACAGUGGUGUGUGUAACUGGAUAGAGGAAAUCAAUCAGCCAGGCAGUUCUACAGAAAUAAUUCCAGAAGGUGCAACAAAUAUUUUGGUUGAAAAUAGUCAUAAUGCUCACAGAUUUGACUCUGUUGGAGAGCACAGCAGUAUUACUCCUAAGAAAUCUAACCUUGAGGGUAGAAUUGAAGAACUUCAGAUGCUAUGUCAGGACUAUAAGAAGGCCAUUAAUGUGCUCAAAGACCAAGUUCACAUUCAAGAGAAUAUGAAAAAUGAAGAAAUACAAGAGCUGAAAAAAGUGAUACGUUCUGAAAGAACAGAAUUAGAUCAACUCAAACAGCAAUAUCUCUCUGAUGAGAAAGAAUGGCAGCAGAAACUGAAUAAUGUGACUAUGGAGAUGGAGUGCAAACUGGCAGCAGAAAGAAAACAAACUGAGAAUCUGUCUUUGGAGCUUGAAGCAGCAAGAUUCCAACUGCAAGUCCUUGAUUUAAGUUCUCAUUCACUGCUGUGCACAGAUAUUGAAAAGAACACUGAAGAAGACUAUAGUUCUUGUCAUUUGGGAGUGCCUAUUCAAUACUCAGCACUGAAAAGCAAUAAACCUAAACCAAUCCCCACUGAGAUGGCUGUAGGAGAUACCUCUGUGUGUGACAAUGAAACUGAGACCACUGAAGCAAGAUCAAUGGAGGAUUGUACUGAGAAGAUUUCUGCAGAACACAAGGGUACAAAUAUGUCAGGAAAACUAAGCAGCCUUUCAGGCCAUGCCAAUAAUAGUAUGUUUUGGGGUGCAGGGGAUUUCUGUGGAAAUCAAAUAACUACCGAAAUGCUUUGGGAGAAGGCAAAACAACAAACUGCUGAAAAUUUGAAGCUGAUUUAUGAGCCAGAAGAAAGCCAAAACCAUGUUGAUUUAUUAAUGAAAGUUAAGCAAUUAAACUCAGAGCUGAACUUUGAGAAUGUACCAUUAACUCCAAAGAGCUCAGCUUUUGCAGAACUGAAGGAAGCCAGUGCAGGUAAGGAAUACAACUGGAAACUGAAGAAAAACCUGCAAUUAUAUCUUACGAUGGUCUCGUUAGAAGAAGAACUUCAGAAUGUCAAGUCUGAGCUGAAGGCACAUAAAGUUAUGUUGUCUAAUGCAGCACACAAAUUGGAUGAUGUAGAAAUGAACAGGAGAGAUUGUCAUGAACCAUUCCUUGCAGCUGAAAAGGAACUAAGUACUCCAAAAUUUGAGCAAGUUAGUACUGAGCCCCAUGAGCAGGAUAUCAAAAUGCUUCAGGCAAAAUGUCAGCAAUUGGAAAGAGAGAGGGAUAUUAACAUGAAGACUCUUUCCAUCUUGCAAGAGCACCUUGUUUCACUCACAGCUGAGAGAAACAAUAUUGGCCAAGAAUUGACUGUUAUGUUUGAAAACAAAGAACUGGAUAAGAAGUAUCAGAAGCUUCAAGAGAAAUUAAAAGAGCUAGAGUCGACUACAGUAGAUUCUGCUGAGUUCAUUAGGUUAGAGGAUGAAUUGAGGACACAAACAAAUCUGCUGGAGGCAGCAAAAUCUGAUUUAAAUAAGUUAUCAAAUGAAAAAGAGUAUCUUCUGCAGAAGCUGCAAAGUUCUGAGAAUGAUGCCAUGUCUUUUGCCUCAGAAAAUGAAAAACUCCAAAAUGAAGCAGCUGAUUGGAAGAAGGAAAAAGAGCUCCUUGUGAGAAAGUUGGAAAGGUUGCAGAAUAAAUUAAGUUCAUCAGAAACUGAAAGUGCAAAUCUUUACAGAUCUUUGGAAAUCUUACUAAAGGAAAAAAGUGAACUUGCUGCUGGGCUCAGCUCAGCACGGGAAGAAGUUGGCCAAAUGAGAUGUGGAAUUGAGAAGCUGAAAGUCAAAAUUAAAUCUGAUGAGAAGAAAAAAGAGCAAACUGCUGAGAAGCUGAAAGAGAGCGAACGGAAAGCUGACUCUCUUCUGGAUAAAAUAGAGAGGCUUGAAAGAGAAUUGGAGAUGUCAGAGAAGAAUCUGGAAGAUGCAAUUAUGGAGUCAGAGGUUGCUAAAGCAGAAGCAGAAACAUUGAAAACGGACAUGGAAGAGACGACAGAAAAUCUGAAGUUACAAAUUGAUAACCUCACCUCACAGACAGAGUGUUUGGCUAAAGACUUGGAAGAAAAGCAGGGAAGAAUACUUGAAUUAGAGUCUUCAAAUCUGACUACAGCAAAACUGUUAGAAGAAAAGGAGGAAGAAAGGAUGCAAAUCAAGGAUGAGUUUGAAAACACCGUGGCAUUGCUGAGAUCUGAGCUCAAAGAUAUAAAGGAGAAAUUAGAGUUUUCUUGCAGGGAAGAAGCUGAUGCUAGAGCAAAAGAGCAGCUCUUGGUUAAUGAGGUGACUCGUCUUGAGCAGGAGAAAACAAUACUGUUACAGGAGUAUCAGGACAUGAAAAAUGAAAAUAUAAGGUUGGAUCAAACAAGGGAAGCACUUGUUCAAGAACUGAUGGAUUGUAAACAGAAUCUCUAUGAAAAGGUGCAGGAAAAUGGUUCUCUUCAAAAGUGGGUGAAAGAAACAGAGGAGUUGACUUCAGAGCUGGCACUCAUGCAACAGGAGCGUGAGUGUUGGUACCAGGAGAAAAAAAGGCUGCAGAGCUUGAUUGCUGAGUUGAAGCCAAAGGAGCAACACUGUUCUGAUAACGAAAGCUUUCCGGAUAUCCUGAAUGUUCUCAAAGUGUCUUACAAGGAGCUUGAGAAGGAACUGGAAUCUACAGUCUGUGAGAAGAGCACUUUAUGUAAAAAGGUAAAUGAACUGACUGAAAGUCAUGCUGAGCUGCAAGUCAAGCUAAGCGAUACCAAAGGGAAGAUUGCCAAGUUGCAGGAAGAAUUUGCCACAGAAAGAAGCAAGUUUGCUGAAGAAAUGCAACUUGUUCAAGAACAUUUAGAAAUGAACAAGGCUCAGCUGCAUCUGACUAUGUCAGAAAAAAAUGAGCUGACUAUGAGAUUGGAGGUGGUCCAGAAAGAGUUACAAGAAAAAGAAAGUGAAGUGAAAAGAGAAAUAUCAGAAUACAAAGACAGGCUACUUCAAGCAGAGAAAGAGCAUCAGGAUGCUCUGACAGAAGCAAAGCAAAAGAGUGAAGUAGAAAUUCAGGCCUGUCAAGAAAAAGUCAAUUCACUGCAACACUUUAUCAGCUCACAAAAACUGGAAAUUGAAUAUUUGAAGUCAAGUAAAGAAGAACUGAAUAAUUCCCUUAAAGACUCUAAGCAAGCCUUAGGAGAACUUCUGAAAAUUAAGGCUGAUAAUAGUAACCUUAUAGUUCAGCUGAAGAAGGAGAAUGAAGUUGCCCACAAUGAAGUGCAGCUCUGGAUGCAGUCCUGUAAGAAGAUGGAACAGGAAAAGGAAAUGCUGCAGAAGCAACUAGCUGAAUGUGAGGAACUAUUAAAGAAGGAAAAUCUAACUAUGUCAAACAAAGGUGCUGAUGAGAAUUCCAUUGCAGAAGAAAUUCAGUUAAAGCUGGAAGAGUUACAGGAAUCUACAGAAGUGAAAAUCAGAGAGAACUUGGAGAAAUACUGCUCACUAAUUGUUAAAUACUAUAAACUAGAGGAAGAAAAUGACAUGCUGAAAACACAAGUCAUUUUGUUGAAUGCUCAGCUGAACCAGCCAGCAAGUGAUGUGGUCAUCACUCCUUUGCUGAAUUCAGAUAACUCUUUAACAGUGAGUAAUCAGCCUAUCAAAGACAUGAGGUCAGGUGAAGAUACUACUAAGCUUUCUAGUAAAAGGCAGAGAUAUGAAGACGAUGGGAAGGAUAAUGAAGAACCCAGAUCCCCUGUGCCAGAGACUUCAUCAAAUAAGAAAAGGAAGAGUGAUAUCUUUCAAAAUCUGCUGGACCAGGAGAACACAGAUGAUGAGCCAUAUGGGCUUCCAGUAGUGGUGAAAAAAGGGUUUGCUGACACCCCCACUGGAAAGAUUAGCCCUUAUGUUUUAUGCAGAACCAUAAGCCUAAGAGGCAGCCUCUGUCUGGCUUCCCCAAGUGGGAGGUUGGUUUUGGCUGCAGAAGAAAUGCAGACGUGCAGACCAGACAAGCUUGGUGAGCACUCUUGUUCAACACCUGGUGGCAGCAAACCACAAAAGGCAGCUGUUGGACUGCAGUGCCAAGCAGUAACAACUUCUCUACCACUGAAACCUAUGUUAAGGUCUCCACUUUGCCGGUAUAUGCAACCAACCAAAACUGCCCCUGAUAAUACCAGGGAGAGUACUAUGGUGCACAAAGAUAAAAACUCUCUUAAUGAGCAAGGACUACCUGAGCAAGAUGAGCAGGAAGAAAACUGUAAGGUGCAGUAAACCUGUAUGGACUUAUUCAUAACUCAUAAGAAUUGUUAA